GUGGGAUCAUCUAGCUAGAAACUGUUUUCUGUUCAAUUUGGUUUAUGUAAUAAAUAUUCAUAUAUAUAUAUAACCAUCAGAGCUAAUAUUUGUUUAAAGAUUGAAUUUUGAGUCAAAUCUUGAAUUAUCAUUUGAGGCCAAGACUGGUUCCAUGGAGGUCAAUGCUGGACUAGUUGCAGGCAGUCACAACCGGGAUGAAAUAGUUGUUAUUCGCCGUGAUGGUGAAUUCACUGCAAACUCUAUGCAGCAGCAGAGUGGUCAUAUUUGCAAAAUUUGUGGAGAUGAAGUGGGGUUCACAAUAGAUGGAGAGCCAUUUAUAGCUUGCAAUGAAUGUGCUUUUCCAGUUUGCAGAACUUGUUAUGAUUAUGAGCGUCGAGAAGGUAGCCAACUUUGUCCUCAGUGCAAAACUCGUUUCAAACGCCUAAAAGGUUGUCCUAGAGUACAUGGUGAUGAGGAAGAAGAUAACAUUGAUGAUGUUGAAAAUGAGUUCAAUUUUGCAAAUGAUCGCGUAAAACAUGAUUUCCAGUGUUAUGGUUUUGAUUACUUUGAGCAACACAUGCCUUCUCGUGACUCGAGACAUCAACUUCCACAAGUUCCUCUGCCCAGUGUUAUGCAUAUGCAUUAUCAUGUAAUGGUAGAUACUGAUAUCGAUCCAGAUAAACAUGCAUUAGUACCAAUUGGUUCAGCAGGGUACGGUGGCAAAGGGGUACUUGCCCUUCCCUACCACUACAACACCAGAGUGCCACCAAGGUCUCUGGAUCCUUCAAAGGACUUAGCUGUUUAUGGCUAUGGAAGUAUAGCUUGGAAGGAGAGGAUGGAAAGUUGGAAGCAAAAGCAAGAGAAGCAACAGAUGAAGAAAGACGGAGAGGAUGGCGAAGAUGAAUUUGAUUUAUCAGUGUUAAAUGAAGCAAGACAACCAUUAUCCAGGAGAUUGCCAAUUCCAUCUAGUCAAAUCAAUCCGUAUAGAAUCAUCAUCAUGAUUCGGCUUGUUGUUCUUGGAUUUUUCUUUCAUUAUAGAGUCACUCAUCCUGUUAACGAUGCGUAUGGAUUGUGGCUAGUCUCUGUAAUAUGUGAAAUUUGGUUUGCUGUCUCAUGGAUUCUUGAUCAAUUCCCUAAGUGGCUUCCCAUUGACAGGGAAACUUACCUCGAUCGAUUGUCCCUCAGAUAUGAAAAAGAAGGUCAGCCUUGUCAACUUUCUGCAGUGGAUAUAUUUGUGAGUACAGUAGAUCCACUUAAGGAACCUCCUCUGGUGACUGCAAACACGGUUUUGUCCAUUCUAGCAGUGGACUACCCUGUCAAUAAGGUGGCAUGCUAUGUAUCAGAUGAUGGGGCUGCUAUGUUGACCUUUGAAGCAUUAUCAGAAACAACUGAGUUUGCCAAGAAAUGGAUUCCUUUCUGCAAGAAAUAUAAUAUUGAGCCUCGCGCUCCUGAGUCCUACUUUUCUCAGAAUAUGGACUAUCUCCAAGGCAAGGUUUUGACUUCAUUUAUAAAAGAGCGACGAGCAAUGAAGAGAGAUUAUGAGGAAUUUAAAGUACGCAUAAAUGCUCUGGUUGCUAAGGUGCAAAAGGUUCCCGAGGGAGGUUGGACGAUGCAGGAUGGGACUCCUUGGCCUGGGAAUAAUAUUAGAGAUCAUCCUGGCAUGAUUCAGGUCUUCCUAGGCCAGAAUGGGGGGCUAGAUACUGAUGGUAAUGAAUUACCUCGACUAGUAUACGUAUCUAGAGAAAAAAGACCUGGAUUCAACCAUCACAAGAAGGCUGGUGCAAUGAAUGCUCUGGUCAGGGUGUCUGCUGUGCUCACUAAUGCUCCUUAUUUAUUAAAUUUGGACUGUGAUCACUAUAUUAACAACAGCAAAGCUAUUAGGGAAGCUAUGUGUUUCAUGAUGGAUCCAACGCUUGGGAAGACAGUUUGUUAUGUUCAGUUCCCUCAGAGAUUUGAUGGCAUUGAUAGGAAUGAUCGGUAUGCUAAUAGGAAUACGGUGUUCUUUGAUAUUAAUAUGAAAGGAUUGGAUGGUAUUCAAGGACCUAUAUACGUUGGAACUGGAUGUGUGUUCAGACGCCAGGCACUGUAUGGACUCGAUGCACCCAAGCAGAAGAAUGCUCCAUCUAGGAUAUGCAGUUGCUGGUUAAAGUGGUGCUGCUGUCAAAGCUGUUGCUCCGGAAAGAAAAAGAAAAAUAAGAAGCCUAAAUCUGAGGUCAAGCCUCUUUUAAAUGACGAAGACUCCCUGGCAUUAACGGUCUCUCAAGAGGUCACACAAGGUGAAAAUCGAGCUCUUAUUUCUGACCACAAGUUAGAAACUAAAUUCGGGCAAUCUCCUGUUUUUAUUGUAUCAACACUGCUAGAAAAUGGUGGGACUCUUAAAAGUGCUAGUACAGCUUCUCUACUAAAAGAGUCCAUUUAUGUAAUAAGCUGUUGCUAUGAAGAUGAAACAGAAUGGGGAAAAGAGAUUGGCUGGAUAUAUGGUUCAGUCACUGAGGACAUAUUAACAGGCUUCAAAAUGCACUGUCAUGGCUGGAGAUCCAUAUAUUGUAUGCCUAAAAGGCCCGCAUUUAAAGGAUCAGCACCGAUCAAUCUAUCAGACCGUCUUCACCAGGUCCUUCGAUGGGCACUUGGUUCUAUUGAAAUCUUCUUUAGCAGGCAUUGUCCUCUCUGGUAUGGAUAUGGUCGUGGUCUCAAUUGGCUCGAACGUUUCUCAUACAUAAACGCCACCAUUUAUCCAUUCACGUCUAUUCCCCUUGUCGCUUAUUGCACUCUACCUGCUGUAUGCUUGCUCACAGGAAAUUUCAUUGCACCUAAGCUUGACAAUAUUGCUAGCUUGUGGUUUUUGUUACUUUUCAUUAGUAUUUUUGCAACAAGCAUUCUUGAAAUGAGAUGGAGUGGAGUAGCGAUAGAUGAAUGGUGGAGGAACGAACAAUUUUGGGUGAUCGGAGGUGUUUCAGCACAUCUAUUUGCUGUGUUCCAAGGUUUACUAAAAGUGUUAGCUGGUGUGGAAACAAACUUCACAGUAACAUCAAAAUCCGGAGACGAUGAAGAAUAUGCAGAGCUUUAUGCAUUCAAAUGGACAACUCUACUCAUUCCACCAACCACAUUGUUAGUCAUAAACAUUAUAGGAGUUGUUGCUGGUAUCUCCAAUGCUAUAAACAACGGGUACGAGUCAUGGGGACCGUUGUUUGGGAAGCUGUUUUUUGCAAUCUGGGUGAUUCUUCAUCUCUAUCCAUUCUUGAAAGGACUUGUUGGUAGAAACAAUAGAACUCCUACAAUCAUCAUUGUCUGGUCAAUCUUACUUGCUUCCAUAUUUUCACUUUUGUGGAUUAGGAUUGAUCCAUUUUUGGCGAAAACAGACGGUCCACUUCUUGAAGAGUGUGGAUUGGACUGUAACUAGU